GACUAACUCCCUGGAGAGAGCUGCCCCUGGAAAACAGGUUGCUCCACCAGCAGGACCUGCUGCCUCCAGCCUGACCCUCCCUCUCCGCUCCAAAAACACGUUCUCCGACGGACGGGAUGUCACCACGGGGAUCCGCAGCAGUGCUUUAGUGGAUGAGCAUGAAAUGAUAUUCAAGAAGAACCCCCGGCGGGUGGUGAGGCCUGCGGACUACACCAAGUCAGUGAUCGACCUGCGCCCUGAGGACCUCGUGGGGGAAGGCAGUAAUCUGGGGGACAGGAGCAAGUCUGUCCCUGGCCUCAACACAGAGCUGGAGGAGGAGGAGGAGGACAUCGAUAACCUGGUGGAGAUCCAUCGGCAGCGGGUGGCCCGGGGCAGCAUGCGCAGUGGCACUUCCUCGAGCACAUUGGGGAGUAUGGUCAGCAUUUACAGCGAGGCUGGUGACUUCGGCAGCGUGGCAGUCACCGGGGGCAUCCUCUUCUCCCUGAGCUAUGAGCAGAAGACACAGACCUUGUUCAUUCAUGUGAAGGAGUGUCGCCAGCUGGCCUAUGGGGACGAGGGCAAGAAGCGCUCUAACCCGUAUGUGAAGACCUAUCUCCUGCCCGACAAAUCCCGGCAAGGCAAACGCAAGACGACCAUCAAACGGAACACCAUCAACCCUGUGUACAACGAGCUGCUGAAAUAUGAGAUCAACAAGUCCCUCUUGCUUGCGAGGACGUUGCAGUUCUCAGUGUGGCACCAUGAUCGCUUUGGCCGCAACACGUUCCUGGGAGAGGUGGAGGUCCCACUGGAUGCCUGGAACUUUGAGAGUCACCUGGAGGAGUUCCUGCCCCUGCACGGCAAGAUUGGGGCAGAUGCUGAUGGUCUCCACCAGUACAAGGGGGAGCUGGUUGUCUCCAUGAAGUACAUCCCAUCUGCCAAGCACCCUGGAUCUGGGAAUGGCAGGAAAGGCAAAACGGGGGAAGGCGGUGAACUCCAGGUCUGGAUCAAAGAAGCCAAAAACCUCACAGCUGUCAAAUCUGGGGGGACUUCAGACAGCUUUGUCAAGGGCUACCUCCUGCCACACAAAAACAAAGCCUCCAAGAGGAAGACACCUGUGGUGAAAAAGACCCUGAACCCUCAUUACAACCACACGUUUGUCUACAACGGCAUCAGCCCUGAGGACCUGCAGCACAUCUGCCUGGAGCUGACAGUCUGGGACCGAGAGCCACUGUCCAGCAAUGACUUCCUUGGGGGUGUCCGUUUGGGAGUGGGCAAUGGCAUGAGCAAUGGGCAGGCUGUGGACUGGAUGGACUCCGUGGGCGAGGAGCUGAACCUGUGGCAGAAGAUGUGCCAGUACCCUGGCUCAUGGGCAGAGGGGACACUCCAGCUUCGCUCCACCAUGGCCAAGCUGAGGCUGUAG